UGCUACUGACAGACCAAGAAAGGCAACACCCGCUGAAAGCCGAGGCUCUUUGUGCAAAUCUAAGCGUUCAUCCAGAAACGAAGUGGCGUUAAGCAGCAGAAUACACGGCUCAAUGCUGACAUGCAGCAGCUUAUAGAAACACAGCGUGCGCGCCUGUGAGGGAGACGACGACGUCCGCAGUUUGGCCUAAGAUGAGCAGCUCCGGUAAACGAGAGAGGGAGCAGAAGAGGAAACUGCAGCACUUCCUCGGUGACCUUGCUUUGCUCGGAUCCUUGCAGGGUUUUAAAUACUUCCAGCCUUGGCUCAGGGGGAAAGAGGAGUUGCUGCUGACAGUUGUUAAUGAGGAUCUGGGUUGGCGUUCCCCAGGCUUUAUGGUGUCCAGAGCCUCCUCCUACUCCUCCACCAGCAGCUGUAACAGCAGUGAUGUCUCUCCCAGCAGCAGCUCUCCCAGUCUGACCAGCCGUAGCAGCUCCCCCCUGCCCGGGGAGCCUCCGGGCCCACGAGGCUCCCGGUCACAUACCAAGACACAGCCACAGACUGCCAGUCACAGGGAGGCCUGCAUCGAGGAGCAUCUUCUCCCAGCAUCUCCCAGUGAAAGGGAGAUAGCAGUACCCGAGGUCAACUGCACUCUGUUUCUAUUGGCCGGCUACGUCAAAUACGGACGCCCCUACGCGUGGAUACGCUCCAAUCACGAGCGCCUAGUCAACAUCGGUGGCACAGAUUCGAUGGUCAAAGACACGCCCAUGAAACUCAAGUCCAUUGCAGACUGGCAGACGCGAGCAAUUCGUGUGUGGGACGUUGUCAGUGAGCUGGUGUGCCUCUGCACCGUUCCCUCUCCGUCCAACCCGUUCGCCCUGGACAUGCGUUACAUCAAAAGUCUUCCUCUCGCCGAACGCUUUCUUGUCACGGGAGCUCUCCUUAACUUCCUGGAGAUGUACGUGGUUUACGGCAACCGGGACGAGUUGCAUUAUGAUAAAGUGGUGGAAGAGGUGAAGCCUCUCAGGCGUCUUCAUGUACACUCCCUGCUCGAGUUGCAGCGACUUAGAGAGAGCUCCGGCAGCGCCGCGGUGCACGGCUCUUCUGCAGAAGAGUGAUUCUGAUUGUUUGCAUAUACUGUGAGCUACAUCAAGCUGGCCUUUUAUUAAUGUAGGAACAAAAACAAAACAAAACUAAACAAAACAAAAAAACCCAAAAAACUAGUAAUCCUUGUGAGCCAAAAGCUCAGAAAUCAGAGUGCUCUAUGUGCUUGGUGCUUCUGUUUGCAAGGGGCAGCCAAUCAAGAGAAAGAUGGCUUAAAGGGGGAGGGGCUAAAGUAUCUUGUUGGUGCAGAGGAUGAGGUGAGGGGCUGCACGAAGCCUAGUAUGAGAGAAAUAAGGAUUAUUUUGAACUGUAAAUCAUGCCAUGGUACAAAAUAGGAAGGAAGCAGAAGCAGGCUAUCGGGGAGCUCCGUAUCAUUAGGAAAAUUAACUCCAAAAUAUAUGGACUUCUUCACUUUUCCUCCAAAGUGAGGCAUGAAAUUCUCAAACGCUGCAGUAACCCAUGCAGAUGGAGAUGAAUCACCUUUGGUUGCAGGUGUCAGAUAUUAACAAUUUUAAAGAACUAGAGAAAUAACCCUGGGAAAUGAGUCACAUGACUAAAAUUCUAAAUAAAUCCCAGGACAUCUGAACGUGCUGCCCCGUAACCCCUAAAACCUUCAAUCUCUUCCUCUCCACCCACUCCCACAUACUUAAAUCGGUUUUCAUCAGACCAAAUAUAGCAUUUUAAAACUGGAAGCCUGGAAACAGAAUGAUUAAUCGAGGGUCAGAGUAGUAAGAGUACAAAAUGCACAGGCAAACAAAUGCUUUAUAAAAAACUUUUAAUAUUCCAUAAAAUACAUAUUUAAAUAUGUACGACAACAUAAAAACAGAACACUCGUUAAAUACAUCUUAAAAGCGGGCACAUCGACGCCUUUUCUGAGAUGAGGCUUGUGCCGUUUGUAAUUAAAAAGUCAGGUACAUCAUGUUAAAAUUAACCAAUAACAACCUGGUUGCACAUCAGUCAGGAAAAAAAAAAAAAAAAAACCUUCCCUGUUUAAAAAGAAAAGACAUUUUUAGCUUCGUUUUGGUCAGAAAACAGAAAAUGGAGUUAACAGUAACCUCUGGCUUCAUCAACAAUCCUCCUGUCUCUCAUGUUUGUAAACCUAGAGAUAAAAAAAUUACCAUCAUGGCACAAGUUACGCAACACGGCACACGUGUGUGACCAGAACGGUCACUCUAGAUGGACUCCGGCACCUUUUAUGGCUUUUAUUGAUGUGAAGGAGCAAUUUAAAAAAAAAA